CGCACAAGUUGUUUUGCCUUUUUGUACGUUUUUAUUUAUUGCUUCUCGUUGCGAUAAAGGAAGCGAGAAAAAAACUGAAUUUCGUGUCAUUCGCAUCGGUAAACGGCGUGAAAAAAUCCGAAAAAAAGCUAAAAAAGCUCCUCUUGUCCCUGAAAAUAGUCCAAAAAUAGUGAAAAAUUAAUUUUAAUAAUUUUCGUCGCAAAACAAAUAAGAAAAAAAUAAAGAAAAAAAAAAUACAAAGCUGGCAAUGCACUAUUUUCGCUACAACAUAGAUUACGUAGAGAAGCAGAAUUUAAUGUGUUUUUAGUUUGAAACAAUAAAUAAAGUAAAUAAAUAAGCACGUAAACGCCACUUGCCAGCAAAUUAAGCAAACAACAAAAAAAAAAAAAGAUGAUGAUGGCAACGAACAUGAGCGAUAAUCGGCACAGUCACAGCGAGUCAAUUCAUUCGGGGCAAUUUAUGGUGUCGCAUCUGGAAAAAGACGACGACGAGGAGCCAGACGACGAAAAAGUCGUUUUGUCGCCGCAACAUCUUGCCAUGGACCAUGCAACCAGCACCGUAACCGCUGAUCCCGUUAUCGGUUCGACUUCGACGGUUCACAGCGCGCCCUACGUUCGCCCGUAUGGCAUGGAGUUGCAACGAUACGAUCCCAGCGCCGUCGCCCAUUACCAAAGAACUUCCUUCGACAUUGACGGAAAUUUAUCGCAAAUUUUUAAAACCUUAAAUUUGGCGUAUCAGCAAAAAUUGACGUCGCCCAAAUGGAACGCCUUCAAGGGCAUCCAGUUGCGAUGCCGCGAAAAAAUUCGCAUGAACAACGUGAUAUGGCGCUGCUGGCACAAUCAAUUUAUUUUGAAGCGCCCGACCAAAGUUUGUCAAUUUGCGGUGCCACUGGACACGGAUUUGCAUAGCAAACCGACGACAACGAUUCUCGAAGGGAAAUACUGGAAACGCCAGCCUUCGGUGAUUGUCGCUGAAUAUCAAAGAUGGCGUCGUAAAAAUGCCGCGACACUUCACGCAACGUCGCUGGCAAUCGCAAAACCCACAAAUGACGUUUCGUUCAGCGAAUGGAGCCCGAACACGGAUCAAAUGAUGCAGAAUUUCAUGCAGGACGAUUUCGGGGUGAAUUAUAAUUUCACCGAACCUUCUGCGAAAGCUGGGAGAGCAGAUUUCUAUCAGCCGAUCUGCUUGGAUAACGUCAUGGAGUUUGAUUAUCAGUUUUUGAACGAAAUGAACGAAUUUAAGCCGUUGCCCAGUGUGCCGGAGGAAGACACCACGGAGAUGCUCAAAGCUAUCGAUAAUGCUCCCAGCUUUGCCGAGAUGGAUUUGAACCUCAUGAAUGUCGAUCCGACACCGACAACGUCACAACAACAACAACAACAAUUUUGCGAUCAAUCCUUAUCGCUGUCGCAUCUUGGCGCAUCAAAUAAUGCAUUUAUUACGACAACGAAUAAUUCAUUGCACAUGUCGAUGACGCAACAGCAGCAGCCGUCGCCGCAACAACCGACGACAACUUCUGAACCGACUUAUCGCCAGAAGAAUUUUCGCGCCUAUUAUAAAACGCAAAAUCGGCGGGAAAGGAUUAAUUAUGAGAAAUCUCAGCCGACGGAGCAUCAAACGAGUGUUUAUAACCAAAUGAUUUUGCAGCAGCAGCAACAACAACAGCAGCAGCAGCAGCAACAAGCUCAGAAUUCGGUUAUAAAUUACCCGAAUAAUUUUAUGCAGCAACAAAAUAAUGCAAGUACGAUGCACGAGUCGCCGAUCCAGACGACGACAAAUAAUUUUAAUUUGAUCGGGCAGCAGCAAAUUCAGGGUGGCGGCGGAGUGACACUUACUAAUGCGGAAAUUGAAGGAGUUUUGACGCAAGUUGAUUUGAUGCAGGCUCAGAAUCAGAUGCAAAAUAUCAUUAAUAAUUCGCAAAUGAUGCAAAAUGCUCAUAUUUUCGGGUUGCAGCAACAACAGCAACAAACACAGGGAACAACUUUUCAAAUGAAUCGUCAAAUGAUGCGUCAACCAUCGCCGCCUCAAAUGACCUCAAUGAUGGAUCCAAACGCAGCUCAAACUCAACAACAAAACAUUUUCGGAUCUACCGUUCAACAGCAACAACCGCAAUCGCAACCCCAAAUAACCACAAAAGAGAUUGGUCGCAGCAACAGUUUGCCCGUAAAUUCGACAUUUCAAUCUGCCUUUGCGACGCACACCAAGGACGAGUCCUUUGCUAUGCCAAAAUACUCCCGUAGUCGCUCGCGUCAACGCAGCAACUCGAUAAAUUUGCACCGGACCGCCAACAAUGCGCUCUCUGGCAUGCAAUCGACCACGAGUGAGCCCAUGUUGAAUGCGAACGCCGGCAGUGCCUUACUUGUGCAAUUGUUACAGCAAACCAACAACACGAAUUUACUCACAAAACAUCAGCACAGCAUGUCCUCGAGCGCAUUAAAUGUCCCUUCGCAGCAACAACAAACGCCACAAAAUCGCAAAAAUUUGGCAAAACCAGCGCCGCUCCAGCAAAAAAGUCUCACAUUUCCCACGCCUGCAGUACAAAAUCCGUUGCAACAUCAAACCGCGAGCACCGGAAUGUCCUCCGCCAUUUUAUCGACACUCAAGAAAAACAUCCAGCAUCAGCCGACUUUUAAUACGAGCGGUUCUCCGGGUUUUUCGCCGUCAACAACAUCAAUUUCGCUCUCGACGCCAUCUUUGUCGCCCGAUUCCGCGCUCGAUAUUGACAUGCCAAUGUCCCCGCUAUCACGGUGCAGCAGCAGCAAAUUCUCCACGCCGAGUCCCAGUUCACGCGAACGCCCAUCGCGGCGCGCCGGGCACAUUCAUGCCGAACAAAAACGUCGUUGUAGCAUCCAACAUGGCUUCGAUACGCUCCAUUCGCUCAUCCCGGAGCUCCAAAGUAACCCGAAUGCGAAAAUGAGCAAGGCAGCAAUGCUGCAAAAGGGCGCCGCAUAUAUCCGCCAUAUGCAUAUCGAACGCACAAAUUUGAAGGAACGCAUGGAUUCGUUGCGCCAAGAAGUCGAAACACUCAACAACUCGCUGAGUCAUCUGCAAACCGCUCUUCCAGCGGACGGCGCGCCGCUCACAAAGCAACGCAAUAGUCGCAUGAAUGAACUUUAUGAAGCCUAUGUGCGUUAUCGCACCAAUGAAAACUGGAAAUACUGGGUUUUUGGCUUAAUUUUUGAGCCGAUGAUGCAAUCUUUUAAUGCCACGGUGUCAGUUGCCUCCAUGGAUGAUUUGCUCCGCACGACAAAUAAUUGGGUCGAUCAGCAUUGCUCGUUGAUUGAACUUAGACCGGCAAUUUCGAAUAAAUUGCGCGUUUUAUCGACAACGACAGACUUGCUGUCGCUCGAUAGACCGACCACGUUGCAACAAGAAGUGCAAAAAGCCAUGGCGAAAAGUAACAGUUGCGGCAGUAGCACAUCCAGUGGCUACCAAUCCAAGUAGAGUACAAGAAUUUUCAAAAAAAAGAAAAAAAAUUGCUCAUUUUUAUUUUGAAAUUUUUUUGACUUACCCAACGAUCGCGAAUAUUUCUUAUUUUUUUAUUUUCGUUUAGGAGUGCCUUAAAACAAAUUGUAUGAAAAUAAUUACAUCCGGUGACAAUUCGAUCGAAUUACUCAUUUUUAUUAGUCGAAGUUAAACAAGGCACGGCUGACAUAAAAAUCAGUCAAUCAUUUAAUUUGAGACUUUUUUUGAGAUUGUCUUAUUUUAUCAAUUGGGUUGAAAAUAUUUCAAGUCAAAAGAAAAUUUAAAGCUUUUGCUUGAGAAUAAAUCAAAAUUUAAAGUUAAAAGGCUUAAAAGUCAAAAGUAAAAGUUUAUUAAGCUAAUUUACUUUUUCUUAAGUUAAAGUUUUAAGUCAAU